GGGGAGCUGCACAUGACUUGAUAGGAAUGUAAACUUGGGCCACCAUCCUUAUUUUCGCACAAAUUGGUGUGCUGUUUGUCUCCUCUCAUUAUAGAAGCUAUACUCGACCAAACAACGUGAAUAAUAUGUCCUUGGAUAGCCUUGGAAGUCUAUUAUCUCAAUUGAGUGGUCUUUGUUCGAGGAGAGAAGGCUUAUCUUACAAAAAUCGAGCUGGAACGAGCAGAGGUCUGUGAACUCGAGCUGUGAGAGUGCUGAGACUGUUUGGUCGAUAUCUCGAGUUUUACAAAUCCAAUUAAGGCGUGUGAGAUACCCACAGAAAGCUCUCAAGACGAGGAAUCCGUGAAGGUCUGGUUUGCAGGAAUCGGAGUUGUGGAAGGCUUCCAAAUCGUCCGAGAAAAACGCAACCUCGCAGGAGAGGAUUUAAUCCUCUAAAGAAUCGAGUUAGCCGGAAAACACCCGUUCUAGGGGCUGUUUUCGUAUCAACGAUUAAGGGUUGAACUAGCACUUUGAGGAGGCUGUUUAACACUCAUAUUUGAGCAAGGAAUCAGUUCCAAAUCCACCUUGACCAAAGCUUUGACCAUUGGACCAAGAAGGGAAAGUUUAAAGCUCAAUUGAGGUUGAGGCUAGAGCUUGCUUCCUGUGCUCGUUGCUCGAGAGAUCAUCUAGGAGCGAAGACUUGAAAUGGACCGUGGUGGCAGGAUUACUAGGAGGAACCCGACGGGCCGUGUACCAGUGGAGACUGGACAGGGCAGUCGAAGGACCUCUAGGGCAUCUAGAGGAGCUGGCCGUGGAGGCCGAUCACAGACCGUGAGUGACGGUCAUGUUGACACAGAAAGUGAGACCUACUGGUCCUAUGAGGACUCGACUUACCAACCGGAGACAGAGCCGGUUGAGACCCCUUAUGAAGGGGAUGAUGACGAUGUAAGUGAUGAGGAGGGAAAUGGCUCCUUAGCACGGAUCGAAGCACUACUCCAACAAUACCACCGGGAGCGUGAAGAGAGGAGGCAACGCCGAAGACGCCGAGUGGGGCAACCUUCGGGCAUGGCUUCAAGAGGAGGGAGUCAUGGUGCAUCUAGAGUCCAUGUGGAACCACAUGGAGGCCAAAGUGAUGGAGGUCCAACCAUAAGGAUCUCCAAAUUUAUCAAAGAAGCAAGAGAUUUGGGGUGCAAACCCUUUGAUGGAGCAGGGGACAUUUCAGUCGCAGCACAAUGGAUCAAGAGGCUAAAUGAAGCAGCCCUUGACAUGCAAAUCGCGCCGAAUCUCAAACUGAGAAUUGCGGUAAGAUUGCUCGAGGGGAUGGCAUCCAAGUGGUGGGAUGGAACCAAGAACAAGUACGGUGAGACCGUUGUUUGGGAGGACUUCCAACGGGAGUUCUUUGCCCAAUACUAUUCUGAUUUCGAGGUGAAUAAGAAGGUGAGGGAAUACACCCUCCUAACCCAAGGGGGUAACAUGUCAGUGAAGGAGCUGGAGUACAAGUUCCGGGAUCUCGCCGACUACAUACCGGAGUAUGCUUGUGACGAGAACCGCAUGGUGAACCACUUUUGGGACGCUCUUGACUUGGAGAUACGUGAUAGGGCAACGCAAUUGCCUAAUAUGACUUUCGCCCAAGUGGUUGAACAAGCAUUGAAAGGGGAGAAACAGUGGGAGGAACGGAAGAAGAGAGACGCCGAAGAGGCGAAGAAGAGAAAAUGGGAGAGUCAUGGCUCCCAAGGUUCCAACAAAAGGGGGAACCACGGAGGAGGAUCUUUCCGGGCACCACCGCCACCAUCAAGGGGGAACCAAGGCCCAAGUGGGCAAGGCUUGAGGUCACAGACCUCAGUGGUAACUCGUUGCAACAAUUGCAAGAGGAACCAUUCCGGUAAAUGUCGCGACCCCCCUAGAUGUUUCCAAUGUGGGGAUGCCGGGCAUUUGAAGGCACAUUGCCCACAACUGGGCGGGGCAAGGACAUCGGGACCAAGUAGUGGCCCGACGGGUACACGGAAUCAGACCGGGGCUUCUCAAGCAAGCAGGGGGCAAGGGGGAGCAAGUGCGAGCAACGCGCCAUCCGUGAACCAAGGGAGGACCCAGGCUAGGGUCUAUGCGAUGACGGAGGCAGAUGCUCAAGCUAACCCGGACUCCGUCGCAGGUAUUGCCUCUCAUAUACUAGUGUUUUAUCCUUAAUUAGUCCAUAAAUUGAGGAUACUAAUCGCUAGGAUCAUUGCACGAGGUUUUGGGGUCGAACCGGGGGAUUUCGGGCAACUUCAGGCGGCUGGGACCCAGGCACGAUCGUGCCUAAGGCAGACACGAUCGUGCCUCCAAGUCAGUAGCUGCCCAGGAAUAUUCCCAGCCCAGGCACGAUCGUGCCUAAGGCAGACACGAUCGUGCCUACAAGGCAGUAGCUGCCCAGGGCUUUUCUCCAAACCAGGCACGAUCGUGCCUAAGGCAGACACGAUCGUGCCUCCAAGUCAGUGGUUCCCAGGAUUUUUCCAACCCAGGCACGAUCGUGCCUAAGGCAGACACGAUCGUGCCUCCAAGGCAGUAGCCCCAGGGCGUUUUCCUGAGCCAGGCACGAUCGUGCCUACCCCGGGCACGCCGUGCCUGGCACCCAGAUUGCCGAAACCCGAUUUUUUCGCAUCGUUUUGCGACGUUAAGGCCUCUUCUUGAUCCCUAACGUGCGUGUGAACAUUGCGACCUUCUAUAAAUGAGUAGGGAGGGUAGGAAAGAUGUCUUACAUGGUUCAUGAAUGUAGGGACACUAAAGAUUAACGGGAAGGAUGCACGAAUCCUUAUCGAUACCGGAGCGCAACGUUCAUUCGUGAGUGAGGCGUUUGCCGAGAGCUUAGAGAUGCAAUCAAUACCAAUGACACAAACCUUAGUGGUAUCAACCCCACUAGGGGAAGACGUUGAAAGAAACAAUUACUAUCCAUCUUGUAUGGUGGAAAUCGGUGGCCAAACCUUGACGUGUGAUUUCGUACCGCUGAGUAUGAUGGAGUUCGAUGCAAUCCUAGGGAUGGAUUGGCUAGAAAAGCAUCAUGCUAGGGUAGAUUGCUACACAAAGGUGUUGGAACUCGAAGGCACACAGGGGGACACCCUACGCUUCGAGGGGGACCGCGGCAAAUCAAAUAGUUGUAUCAUAUCCGCCGUGAGAGCGAGAAAUAUGAUGAGGAAGGGAUGCCACGCAUAUCUAGCAUACGUGGUUGACAAAGCCAAAGAGGAAACGAACGUCGAUGAUGUGAGGGUGGUUUGUAAGUAUCCGGAUGUCUUCCCUAAAGACCUACCGGGGCUUCCACCUGACAGAGAGAUUGAAUUUGUGAUCGAGGUCGAGCCUGGUACCAAACCAAUCUCCAUACCGCCAUACCGGAUGGCACCCGCCGAACUUAACGAGUUGAAAACCCAAUUGCAAGAGCUUUUGGAUAACGGUUUCAUUAGACCAAGCCACUCCCCGUGGGGAGCACCGGUUCUUUUUGUGAAAAAGAAAGAUGGGACACUUCGAAUGUGCAUUGACUAUCGUCAACUGAACAAGGUCACAAUCAAGAAUAGGUAUCCGUUGCCUAGGAUUGAUGACUUGUUUGAUCAACUACGAGGAGCAACCGUGUUUUCGAAGAUUGACUUGAGGUCGGGGUACCAUCAAUUGAAGAUUAAGGAAGAUGACAUACCAAAGAGUGCUUUCCGCACAAGGUAUGGGCAUUUUGAGUUCCUUGUUAUGUCGUUUGGGUUAACAAACGCCCCGGCGGCAUUCAUGGACUUGAUGAACCGAGUAUUCCAUAAAUACUUGGAUCGAUUCGUGAUUGUGUUCAUAGAUGACAUCUUGAUUUACUCAAAGAGUGAAGAAGAGCAUGAGGAGCACUUGAUACUUGUUCUUGAAACACUACGGGAGAAGCAACUCUAUGCCAAAUUUUCUAAAUGUGAAUUUUGGCUAAAGGAGAUUGGCUUCCUCGGGCACGUGGUUUCGGGAUCGGGGAUUGCUGUUGAUAACAAGAAGAUAGAAGCCAUUACUGAAUGGGAGAGGCCAAAGAACGUCAAGGAAAUUCGUAGUUUCCUUGGAUUGGCAGGCUACUAUAGAAAGUUCGUGGAGAAGUUCUCUGUUUUGGCAUCGCCAUUGACGAAGCUCACUCGUAAAGGAGCUAAGUUUGUAUGGGAUGACAAAUGUGAGAAGGGGUUCAUGGAACUAAAGAAGAGAUUGACUGAGGCACCGGUACUUGCAUUACCCAAACAAGGUGUGGGGUACGAUGUCUAUAGCGAUGCGAGCAUCCAAGGGCUCGGAUGUGUACUGAUGCAGAAUGGGAGGGUAAUCGCCUAUGCUUCACGACAAUUGAAGAAGCAUGAGGUGAAUUAUCCUACUCAUGAUUUGGAGCUCGGGGCAG